AGUGCAUAUAGAAUUGUGACGCGUAGAUUGUUGUUUAUAAUAUAGGACCACCUCUUGGAAUUUUCAUUUAUUCUGAAAUAUUUUUCAUUUCGACAUAUUUUUUCCAACUUCCUCUCCUCUUAAUAAAAUAUAUUGUUAUUAAAUAAUAAAAUCACACUGUUGUAUUUGUUUGCUAGUUACGUUAAACGAUGUACGGCAUUGGGAGACACCAUUUAAUCAAUUUAAAUAAAUAAACACCAUAAUUUAUAAAUUUACUCGCAGAAUUGUUGCCCUAGUCUAUAAAAGUACAACCGUGAAUUUGAUUUCAUUCUAGUUUAGUGCAACUGGGAAGCGUGCCAUGUGCGGAUAAGUAACACUAAGUAUGAAACAUCAACUGGGUUUGGUGUUCUUUCUAGGCUGUGCCGUUUGCAUAGCGGUUGUACAGCCAACUAGUAUUUCAGAACUAUUGAUAAACACACCUUUGGGUCAAAUAAAAGGUUCCGUGAUCCAUUCCAGACUUGGUAAACAAAUAUUUUCGUUUAGAGGGAUCAGAUACGCCAAGCCGCCUAUCAACGAACUCAGAUUUAAGCCACCAGUUCGAGUAGAAAAAUGGGAAGGACUUUUAGAUGCUACCAAAGAUGGUCCUCUUUGUCCUCAACCUUCCACAGAACCUGUAUCAGAAGAUUGUCUUAGUCUUAACGUGUAUACGACCAAGUUACCGACAGAAGGUGAAAAACCAAAACGUCCCGUAAUAGUUUAUAUUCCCCCCGGAGGUUUUUACAGUUUAGGAGGAUCUAGCGCUUGGGCUGGACCAAAUUAUCUUCUAGACGAAGAAGUUGUUUUAGUUACGAUAACAUUUAGAGUAGGGACGUUAGGAUUCUUAAGUUUGGGAGAUAAAGAAGCUCCCGGUAACAACGGAUUGAAAGAUCAAGUCGAAGCCCUAAAUUGGGUCAAACAAAACAUCGAAGCUUUCGGUGGUGAUCCGAAUUCAGUGACUCUCCUCGGUUAUGGUACAGGUGCGUGGAGCGUGGUGCUGCAUAUGGUCUCCCCGAUGUCCCAAGGCUUGUUCCACAAAGCGGCAGCUUUAAGUGGUUCGCCUACAGGAGCCUGGCCUCUACCUACGAACCAAUUGGAGUUGGCCAAGAAACAAGCGCGAUUGGUGGGAUGUCCGGAUGAUACUGCAGCUAAUAUAAUUAAAUGUUUAAGGACGAAACCUUAUAACGAACUCGGGGAAUCGCUUCCUAAAUUUAAGGAAUUUGGUACUGAUCCAAUUUUGAUAUGGUCUCCGGUAAUCGAACAAGAUUUUGGUCAACCUAGAUUCUUACCAGCACAUCCUAUACAGUUAAUAACCAACGGGCAGUUCAGGAAAAUCCCAUUCAUAACAGGACAGACCAAGGACGAAUUCAGCAACAUCGCUUUUAAUGUUAUCCACAAUCAAACUUUAACGAAACAUAUGAACGAGGAAUUUGAAAAAAUUGCGCCGAUCGCAUUUUUGUAUGAAAGAGAAACCGAUUUUUCGAAAACAGUCAGUAAAACUUUGAAAACGUAUUAUCUAAAUGAUAAACCAGUAGAUAAUACGCAGUUGGCCAAAUUGACACAGUUAUAUUCGGACGCUCUCACCGGAUUCGGGGUUAACAGGGCAGUUAAAUUAUUUGCCGAAUACAGUAAUUCGUCUGUAUACUAUUAUCAGUUCAAUUAUCAAGGACGCUACAGCCAUUUCUACACACCAGAAAGCAACAACACAGUUCCUUAUGGUAUUGUUCACCACGAUGAUUUGAUUUACUUGUUUUAUAUCAAAUUAUUUCCUCUAUUUACUGAAACUUCCCCCCAGGAAAUCGAAAUGGUUACUAAAUUAACUAAGAUGUACGCAAAUUUCGCUAAAACCGGGAAUCCGAUUCCGACGCCGUCUGAACAAUUAGAUAACGUCAAAUGGGAACCAUUCACUUUAAACGAUCAAAAGUACAUGGAUAUCGGGAAUAAAUUAACGAUGUUUAACAAACUUAAUAACGAAAGAUAUAGCGAAUGGGAGAAAUUGUAUCCGUUGAGUAUGUACCAGAAAAACAAACAUAGUCAUUGAAUUUAUGUAGAUUGAAGAUGGAUUACUUAUUUUCUCGAAACGUUCAUAAUGUUAUUGUAUAUCAUUUUGCAUUUUUUGAAUACGAAUUUUGACGAACAUGA